UUUCGAGCGUAACGCUUACAGUUAAUUAGAGCAGCGCGAAAAUACAUAAGUAUUAAAAUAUGUGCGGCAUAUUUGCAAUCUUCUCCAGUGAUGGACAGCCUAUAGAGGCGCAGGAUUUUGAGGGCAGCAAGCAUAGUCUGCGAGAGCUGGCCUAUCGUCAGAGCGGCAAGCAACGACAUCGUGGACCGGACUCAACAGGAGUAGUGGUCUUACCUGAACAAGGCGUCGCCAUGGUGCAUGAACGUUUGCGCAUUGUGGGCGUCGAGAUGGGCGAUCAGCCAUUUGUCUCCAACGAUGGCAACCUGGUGCUGGUGGCCAACGGCGAGAUCUACAACUAUUUGGAGCUGUCGGCGCAAAUAGCCAAGCGACGCAGCGGCUACAAGCCCAAAAGCGAUUGCCAUGUUAUACUCGAGCUGUAUCAGGAUUAUGGCGCGGAGCUGCUGCAGCACAUCACUGGCAUGUAUGCCUUUGCCUUGUAUGAUAAGCGCAGCAAGCAGCUGUUGCUGGCACGCGAUCCCUUUGGCAUUAUACCCAUGUAUGUGGGCGAGGAUGCGGCGGGCAAUCUCUGGGUAGCCUCCGAACUCAAGUGCUUGGCAGCGUGUUGCGCCAAAGUGGAGAUAUUUACACCUGGCGAGGCGCGCUUUGGACGCGUGGGUGAGAUGCGACGCUGGCGUCACUUUGAGCAGCCUUGGAUCAAGCAAAUGCCCAGUUUGCCCUGCGAUUUGAGCUUUCUACGCGCCAACUUGGAGUCCGCAGUGCGCACGCAUCUUCAGUGUGAUGUGCAUUUUGGCGCCUUGCUCUCGGGUGGCGUGGAUUCCAGUUUGAUAGCUUCCAUAGCCACUAAGAUUAUGCGUGAGCGUGAUCCCAGCUUUAAGCUAAAAACCUUCUCCGUCGGUCUGCGCAAUGCGCCAGACUUUGAAGCUGCACGCCAGGUGGCCAAGUACAUAGACAGCGAUCACACGGAGCUUGUCUUUGAAAUUGAUGAAGCACUCGACGGCAUUAGAGACAUUGUUUACCAUCUGGAGACAUACGAUGUCACCACAGUUCGCUGUAGCUUGCCCAUGUUGCUGUUGACGCGUUAUAUCAAAAGCACGGGCAUUAAGAUGAUACUCAGCGGCGAGGGCGCAGAUGAAAUCUUUGGCGGCUACUUGUAUUUCCACAAGGCGCCCAGCUACGAGCAGUUCCAUGAGGAGCUGGUGAUGCGCGUACAGCAGCUGCAUCUGUCCGAUUGUCUGCGUGCCAACAAGGUAGCCAUGGCUAAGGGCGUCGAACUGCGUGUGCCCUUCCUGGACACAGAAUUUGUCAACUACGUAAUGAGCAUUAGACCGCAGGAUAAAAUACCUGGUCCACUCAACGCCUACAAGAAUGAGCAGCAGUCGCGUCUGGAGAAGUUUGUGCUGCGUGCCGCAUUUGCGGAGAACUAUCUGCCAGACUCCGUUUUGUGGCGCCAAAAGGAGCAGUUCUCCGAUGGCGUCGGCUAUGACUGGAUUGACAACAUACGUCGCGUUGCCAGCGGUCAUGUCAGCACAGAGGAAUUUGAGCAGGCAGCGCAGCGUUUCCCUUUCAACACGCCCACGACCAAAGAGGCGUUUUACUAUCGCUGCAUCUUCGAGCAACAGUUCCCGGGUGAAUCUGCUGCGCGUACUGUUUCUAGAUGGGUGCCACGCCUUGAUUGGGGCUGUCCGGAGGAUCCGUCGGGACGCGCGCAGGCGGUGCAUCAAAUAAAUAAAGAUUAGUUUAAAUAGGCUACAAUUGUAGCAAGUAAAUAAAGCUUUUGUUAACUAAGCAAUCAUUCUGCUAACACGGAAGUUUAAUUAAAAUAAAUUUUAGACG